UACGUUCGUUUUAGUCACCUUUGAGCACCGCUACUGCCAAACCUUUCAAUUAGACGGAGUUUCAUCCACCGAGUGGCUAACGGGCCGGCCUAGAAUAAAAAUGAUUCACUUACACAAAAGUGUUGCCUCCUCUGUGCACUGGGAAGGCUUGAGUAUUUUUUUUAUGUUUACACAACGAAUAUAGUGUAUUUGCACCGUACGCGCAAGAGAAAUUUUAGCUAUUUAGCUAAACUCGACGCUGUUAGAGUGAAUUUUCGGCACUCAUUAGCUUCGCCGGAAGAGUUUUUUUUUACAGUUGGAGCGCAGUUCAAAGCUGACUAGUGGGCUGUUUUCAAUGGAGACGCUUUCAAAAAGCUUUGCAUCUGGUCCCACCCGAGAAAAGGACUCGCGCCCACUUCCAUCACACAGUGGAGUUGUGCCUGACAGCAUGUCCAUGUCUUCCUAUAGAGACUAUCCUGCCCACUGUCCCUUUGUCAGCACACUGGUGCAUCAAACCCCCCAAACACGUAUUCAAUACCCGCGUUGUCCAGUAUCACCCAGCAAAGCCUUCCCUGAAACAAAAAGCGCAGCCAUCUUAUCUGCCCUGAGAAACCUCCAGGAGAAGAUUAGGAGGUUGGAGUUAGACAAAGGUGUUGAAGAAAAUGACACAUCACACAGAGUUCUGCCAAGUGAACACGUUUCACAGAGACUCUUAGAUGAUCAGACAGACACAACAAGAAUGGUGAACGACCAGUCUCAUGGUAACCAAGCCUUGAUCACCCACCUUGCUGCAGCGGAGUCUCGCUGUGCGAAGCUGGAGCGACAGUUGCAGCACAUGAGGAGGAUGCUGCGCGGCGAGAGGGUACAGGGGACCAGUCUCCACACUCAGGAAUUCGCAAAGAAAUCAGAUGCUGAUAAACAGUCUCGAGCAGUGCCUGACCAAACCCGGAUGGAAAAGCUGGAGAAACUAGAGGAGGAGUAUUUGAGGCUGAGAUGUGCACAGAAAAAUGCAGAGACGAAAAUCCUUGAAUUGGAGGGAAAAGUUCAGGAAGAGGAACACCAGAGGAGGCUUAUGCAGGAUAAAGCUAAACUGCUUCAGAGGGGAAUGGAAGCCAAUAGGAUCUUGCUUCAAUCAGUCUCACCUGCUGCGUCCAAACGGUCUAAAGGAAAAAUGUUGAAUUCAGAGAAACCCACUCCCCGGCAGGUGAUCCACCCAGAGCCACACUAUAGACUGAAUCUCCGAGAUGUGCCUUUCGUUGCCGGAACGUCGGCCGGCAGCAGCCACUCCGUCAGAGCUAAUGUCCAGGCAGUGCUGUCCCUCCUCAAACAACACCAGCCACACCUCUGCAACAGCUGCGUCCUGCUUUGCAACUCCUCCGGGACAGGUUUCCAGAAGCACCCAGACUGUUCUUCCUCCUCGUGUGCCAGUGAGGAGGGACUCUCCGAGCUUCUGCAAACUCUUCAGGAUGAGCUGAAACUGAUGAGUGUGGAGCAGGACAAGUUGAUGUUGCGGUUGGAGAACAGUGUGUCUGAAGAGAAGAGGAAGGAACUUCUGAGGGAGCAGGAGAGGCUUCUGCUUAAGAUGGAGAGGAAAGGAGAACAGAUUCAUAAGCUCCACAAAUACAAAUCACAGGUAAAAAAGUUACAAAAACCCAGUUCCAGCCGGAAAAGUGGGAAAGAAGUAGCCUUUUCCAGCAGAGGGCGCUCUGUAGGCGCCAAGAAAAUUCCACCAGGAGAGGGUAGUAAGAGGAAUCUCAGGCUGCUGAGGGAUAUGAAGGUUCUGCAGGCUUCAUUACGGACCUGAAAGCCACCAGUGCAGAAACCAGAGCUGUCCACCUAUUUCUAAUUAAAUGUUUUUAUGAAAACUGCCACAUAGGCCUUCUUGGGGAAAGAAAUCUAUAUUUUAGGAAUGUUUGUUCAAAAUAUUACAAGCCAAAUUUUUUUUGUUUGUUUUAUCUGGAAGCUCUUCUUGGCUAAAGUAUUUCCUAAUACUCCUAGGUGUGUGUUUUUUCUUCAUUGGAUUUCUUCAAUUUAUUUUUCACCACCAGGGGGCAGUCUGCAUACUUUUAGAUCCUACAAAAUGACCAAAUGAAAAGAAAGGAUAAACUAAUUAAUCAAACAACAUUUUUGAUCCCUUGGAACAAGAAUCCAAUUUUUUUUUCUAUCAAAUAAACUACACCAUCAUGCUGUACUUAAAGGUUGCUGGGCUAUUAUAAAUUUGAUUCUAAUGAUUC